UCCCUAAACAUAUCCUCGCGAUCCUUGCCCUUCUCCCUAUACAUAUCCUCGCUAUCCUCGCCCUACCGUCCUUCUAUGCUAGAUAUACAGAUCAUAAAAGCUCCCAAAUUAAACUGUGUGUGUGUGUGGUUGGGCAUAUAUCUUCGUUUCUUGUGGCUUGCUAAACAUGGCGACUCCAUUAUGUGAUGAGAAUAAACACGUUGUUGUGAUUGCCUUCCCCUUUGGAAGUCACCCUCUGGCUCUUCUGAACCAGACCAUCAGAUUAGCUUCUGCUGCUUCAAAUGUCACUUUCUCUUUCAUCAGCACUGCGAAAUCCAACCAAUCUCUCUUCUCCGACCAACCAAACAUCCCACACAACAUCAAACCCUACAAUGUGUCUGAUGGAGUUCCAGAGGAUCACGCGCCAGGCAAGUUCGCGCCUGUUCCAGUACUGGUGGACUUGUUUCUUCAGGCCAGUCUCGAGAACCUUGAACAGGCGAUAGAUUUGGCAGUGAAAAGCACAAACCUGAGAGUCACCUGCAUUUUUUCUGACACUUUUGUGAGUGCUCCUUCUCUUUCUUUGUCUCAUAAACUCAAUGUCCCUUGGGUUGCUUGUUGGCCUUCACUUUCAAUUUCAGUAUCUCCUCAUUUCUACACUCACUUAAUACGCCAAAAGUUCAGUGAUUCUCAUGAACCAGACAAAAGCACAUCCUUGGAUUUCCUUCCUGGGUUGUCCCACUUGAGAGUUGAGGACUUACCACACGAUGUGUUACUCAAACCUGGCGAAGAACAUAAAGAGACAGUAUUUAGUAAAAUACUAGCUUCUACGGGACAACUUCUGCCUCAAGCAAGAGCACUGGUUCUGUUUUUCUACGAGGAAUUAGAUCCUCCACUCUUUGUUCAAGACAUGGAGUCCAAGUUAAAGUCACUGCUUUACGUUGGUCCUCCAUUGUCACAAUCUCACACAGAUACCCAUGGUUGCUUGCCGUGGUUGGAUCAGCAUGGUUCUAGAUCAGUGGCUUAUCUUAGCUUUGGAACUGUUGUUCCCGUUCCCCAUCAUGAGCUUCUACAAGUUUCAGAGGCACUUGAAGCUAGUGAGCUUCCAUUUCUAUGGUCUUUAAGGGAUGAUCAGAAGAGUCUUUUGCCAGAUGGGUUUGUUGAGAGGACAAGAAAAAGAGGGAAAAUAGUACCCUGGGUUCCUCAGACACAGGUUUUAGCACAUGAGUCUGUGGGAGUUUUUGUGACUCAUUGUGGAAGUAACUCAGUGAUUGAGAGUAUGGCCAAAGGAAUACCGAUGAUUUGUAGGCCUUUCUUUGGAGAUCAUGGAAUGGCUGCAAGAACAGUGGCGGAAUUGUGGAAGAUUGGGGUUAAACUAGAAGGUGGGGUUUUCACCAAAACUGGACUGAUUCAAAGCUUGAAUCUGGUUUUGGUUGAGGAAGAAGGUAAGAAAAUCAGAGAAAAUGCCUUGAAGAUGAAAAAGACGAUGCAAAUUGCUUCUGGGGCAGACGGGAAAGCUGCACAAGAUUUUAAGACUGUGGUAGAUAUAAUUAGUUGUUCAUAAAUUGUCAAGUCUCUUUCCAUCUGGAAGAAAUAAUAAUGAAGGGGCCAUGCUAGUUAAUUACUUCCUUAUGAUUCAGUUCAUUUAAUGUCAUUUUUUUUUCCAACAAGUUUCUGUUUUUCUUCUGUGUGGGAUUGAGUGAGGGGUCAUGAUCAUGAGAUUUUUUUUACUCUCCAAGAUUAAGUGGAACAUUAAUAUCGCAGGUGAUUGUUCAUUGUUUUAGGAGUUCUCGGAUCUGUUCUUUUUAUUCGAAAUUGUAAUAUAUACUUGGAAAAUUUUUCUGAUGCUUCUAUUUA